CCCCCUCCCGUCCCCUAAGAAAAAUAAUGCCACUAAACAAGAUGGCGGACCAGAAACCGCACGUGGAGCAAAGCUCCGAGGUUUUGAGCCGAAAAAGAAAGUCUCCAGGUGUACCGAGCCCUUCGUCUGCCUCCCCAUCAGUCACUUGUGUAGCAAGAGGUAUCAACGUGGGAGAAUUUGCCGAAGCGAGAGCUCUAGAGCUGCGAGAAAUGGUGCGAAACAUGAAGGAAGCGGACGGACGGACUAGAAAGAGAAUUUUCCAAGCACCUCCUAAACAUAUGCGGAGACGAGCUGCGAGUCACGACGUGAAGAGAAUGCCUGUCAGGCUAAGGGAACAGGCUGCGAAAGAGAUGAUACCAAAGACUACCACACAGAAAAAGAGCAGACGCCAGCGCCGCAAGACCAGCAACCUUAUGGAAGAGUAUAGCCGCAGGCAGAGACAGCACAUGUGGCUGGAAACUCAUAUAUGGCAUGCAAAGAGGAUGAAAAUGGUAGAAAAAUGGGGUUACCGACUAGCUGAGAAUCCGAUGGAUAAAAGCUUCAAGGCUGCACACAGGGCUGUCACACAUAACUGUUUAUUACAGGAUAUAUCCUACUAUUGCUGCACUGAAGUUACUGGGAAACAUGAGGACAUUGUAUCAGCUAUGAAAAGAAUCACUAGCCCUGAUACAGGUCCAAGCAUGGCUUCUGAACAAUUCCUGGACAAGUCGAAAGAAGGUCAUACCAUAAUGUACCAGACAGACCAAUACCCUUAUCAUGCCAUAGGCCCUGUUAGCUUCAUGUGGAGACCAACAACAGCUCCAUAUCACACCUCCAGUGCACAGAGGGAAUCUUGCAUUAGCCAAGAAGAUGGUCACAAUAAUUGCCAAGAAAGUGACAAAUCUGUGCUUUGGAUUUGGGUCCACCCUGCUUGUUACCAUGAAGCUUCUGAUGCUAUUGUUUGUGCCUGUCAAAAGGUGGCUAGAACAACUGUUGAACAAGACAACAAUUCAAACUCUGAUCCUUCUAAUGGAUCGAACAAUGAGGACACUGCACAAGAUGCCAAUAGGGACGAAAGCUUAGCAAGUGCUGAUGGUCUGACAGUGCGAUCUUUGAGGUCCGACUUUGUUCGCUUUCGACUUACUGGACCUCUGUCACAUGCACUGCUUGUGGAAACCUUGACUGUCGACAAUAAGCCCAGCAAAAAGGACAGCAACUCAGACAGGGUGAAAGUGGAUUCAGACUUUGAAUUUGUUGCCAAGCCUAGUUGUGGCCUAGAAAAGUGCAACAAAACAGCUGUAUCAGAAACUAGCCAGAGUGCAACAACGCUGACAGACACACCUUUGGACCCCCUUGAAUUGUGGAACAGUAUAAGGGACUUAGGAAGUGCCAGCAGUCUCCCUGCUGGUAGCAUGAUUGGGCUACCUGUUGUCGAUCCCAGACUCUUUCUGUCUGGCAUCAAGACUAGCAUUGAUAAACUUGUGCAAGAGAAUAGCAAUGAAGAAAGAAAUGCAAGCCUACCGAGUAUGCCAGCUGCUGUUUACCGCUGGCCCACUGGUGCUGCAGGCUCAUCUAUAUGGUACCGUGAUGCUAGGCAGCAAUGUAAAGAAUCAAAGAUCUCUGAGCAAAAGCUCAAUGCCAUGCGGUCUAAUCUCUUAGUGCCAGGCUCUAAGCUGGAACUUGAGGGACAACAGUCAGUUGUGCCUGUGCUUUUGGUACAGCAGCCUGGGGCUAGAGGUACAGGUUAUGGUAGCGGAUGGGAUCUCAUCCUCCCCUCAGGCUGGGCAAUGGCCUUUUGGAUCGCGCUGGUGUACCGAGGGGCCCGUGUCGGGGGACUCCGCGAGGCAAGGAGUAUUUCCCUAGAGUGCGAGAGACCGCAUUUCCCCCGGGACUUUCCCGACACUUCAUCUGGAAAAGAACACGACAAAGCGAUAGAGACGGAAGGAAGUGCCAAGUACUUGAAAUACCCCCCGGCGAAACGACCUAAUUACGCCAAACUAGGCGUGCCCUGCCCAUUCUCGUACCCUUGGGAACAGCUCGUCAGAGAGUGGCUUGCUCGUGGUAUCCCUGUGGUGAAGCCUGAGUCAGCGUCCAGUUGUGACCGCGAGAGACUCGACCUGAACGAAACAAAAGAGGGAGAGGCCGUGGGGAUUAACGGCAGAGAGCAGGGUAGUCCUGUGGAAAAUUGCCCAAAGUCUGGGACACCCCAAAUAGCGAUGGAUUCUGGCGGCAAAGAGUUCUAUGUUCUUCGCUCCAAGCGAAUCCUUACAGAGCUGCGCGAAAGGACUUCAGUGCGACAACACAGACGCAAAAGAUGCGGCGAAGAUCCCACCCCAAUGCCUAUAGAUCUAACGACAACCCCAAGCGCUGAGAGCUCAUUAGUAUGCGUCUCUCUGCGCAUGCUUAAUCGCGGUUUUCCGCUGCCUAACGCCAUUGUCGCCAUACCGUCAGACUCGGACUACGAAGCGCUCCGAAACUCGAAGGGUUAUGGGGGUCCUUUGGAGCCUCUACACAAAGGCCGGAAGAACAACUCAGAGUUGUCAGCAGGCGGUACUCUAAUUGGUUCCUGUUCUCGGGAGAUCAUCGGGUUCGUGACGUCAGGCUCGGUAUCCCUUGCGCACGGACGCGGCGCUGCGAUAGCCUUCUGUGCCCUCAUCGGGCUUGUUAAACUGAUGGCGCGAAAAACGCCCAUGGGGGAGGUAGUGGUGCUUGUUCGGAAUAAGGCUAGUCUGCAAUACAGGCUAGCGCAUAUAAGCGUGCUAUAAUAAUCAGAGAGAAGCGAGAAUAGAAUGCUGCGUUUAUUGUAAAGCUUUUGAACGUAAAUUUAUAAUAUAGUUUAAAGUUUGAAGUUGGAUCUUGUCACGACAAGUCUUGUUUAUAAGCUUGCUACAUGGAUCGUGUUUUUUGGCUUGUUUUCUUGUUCUAGCUUUUCUUUCUCUGCCUUUUUUAGCCAUCCCGCGAUCUCUCUCGACCGAUCCUUGAUAAUAAAAAUGAACCAUUUGUCAA